GUUUUUGGCUCUAAAGCCCGGAGACCUCCGAAGUGCUCGUCAGUUUUCGAAGUUGGAGCCAUGGCGACAACAGCUCAGUAUAUUCCGAGGAAUAACUCCUUACCGUCCAACCCGCUCAUGCAUCCGGAUUCGGAUAGGAUGCACCAGGGUACGACCUACAGAGAGGUGCAAAAAAUGAUGCACCACGAGUACCUGCAGGGGCUCGCGGCCACUAAUACGGGGCACCCGAUGAGCCUGACACACCACCAGUGGCUGCCCACCUCUAACACCGACUGGUCCAGUGGAACCCACAUCGGUCAACAGGAGCACAAAGCCGGCGUUCAGGCAAGCAGGGAGGACCUGAGCAGCGGCUUCCACCACAGAUCCCACCUGGUGCACCAGCAGACGCAGAGCGCGCACCACGGUUCGUGGGCGCCCGCAACGACGCACCACCUGUCCCCGCUCUCCCCGGCGUCUAACGGCCACCAGUCGCUGGUCUACUCGCAGCCCGGAUACACAAACCUCAACGCGAUGUUGAGCCCGCAGCCGGGCGCCCUGCACCACGGCAUGCGGGACCCGCUCCACGACGAGACAGGCAGCCACGAUAACCAGAUGGAGUCGCCCCAGCAGGCAUUCAGCCACCACCAGGACCACUCGGACGAGGACGCGCCCAGCUCCGACGACCUGGAGCAGUUUGCCAAGCAGUUCAAGCAGCGGCGGAUCAAGCUGGGCUUUACGCAGGCGGAUGUGGGCUUGGCCUUGGGCACCCUGUACGGAAACGUCUUUUCUCAGACCACUAUCUGCAGGUUCGAGGCUCUGCAACUAAGCUUCAAGAACAUGUGCAAACUUAAGCCACUGCUUAACAAGUGGCUGGAGGAGACAGACUCCAACACCGGCAGUCCCACCAAUUUGGACAAGAUCGCCGCUCAGGGCAGGAAACGAAAGAAGAGGACCUCCAUUGAGGUGGGGGUGAAAGGGGCGCUGGAGAACCACUUCUUGAAAUGUCCAAAACCAUCUGCUCACGAAAUCAGCACUUUAGCUGGCACUCUGCAGUUGGAAAAAGAGGUGGUUCGCGUUUGGUUUUGCAACAGAAGACAAAAAGAGAAAAGAAUGACACCAGUGGGGGUCCCGCACCCGAAUAUGGAGGACGUAUAUUCCCAAGCAGAGACCCCUCCUCUACACCGCACACUACAGAGUCCUGUGCAAUGACUGUUUUCAUGAACAAUCCGAGCAUUUAGAGAAAAAAAGUGAAAAGGACUGUGGAGUUUUACAAUAUUUAAGUUGAACCUCUGUUUUUCUGAGAGAAAAAAAAGACACAGGAUCAGUUUUUCCUUUUAGUUUUCGGAGAUUAAAUCCAACAAAAUAAAUAUCAGAAGGGAACAUGAUAGGAAAACAGAAAAAAACACGUUAAAACUGAUACCAUGCGCAUUCAAAUUGAAGCAAAGAUCUUUUAUUUACCAAAAUCAAAGAGAGGAGAAGUGUAUCUAAAGUAAAAGUUGGUUGUUCUGAAAUAUUUGACCUGAUGUCCUCUUCCUGGUGCACCAUGAACUCUUGAGGACAUCACCAGAACGAGGUCUGAAAAGAUCAACACUGGAGAUGAAUAGCUCACAAUGACUAAACUUUUUUGUGAUUUUUUUCAGGCUCAACCAGCUCAGCCAGAUUUCUGACUAUGAGUGCACACGUUCAUUAUAAUAUAUUCAUUUUCUUUUACAAAUACUUUAACUUAAGUGUCUUUAUCUGCAAAAUGUUUUGAAUUUUGUUCAUAAUUUGCUCCUCAGAGCAACUUGUUUUUGUUUUGUUCUUUUUUUCUUUUUUUUUUUUUUUUCCUGUUUCCCUGGUAGUGGAGAACUCUUGGAAAACCUUAUCCCGACAUUAAACAACUCGUUAAAAAUGUCCGACACAUUUCAGUUAAAGUCCAAUGCAACAGAACGUCUUAGGUUUUGAAGGCAUGCCUUAAAAAGAAUAUUUAAAAAAUAAAAUGAAGUUUUGCAGCUGAUCACGUCGAAAUGUGCAAACAGCAUCAGACGCUAAAAGCAAAAUUCUUUAGAUUCACAUUUUGUUGUUUUUGAAAAUGUUGUUUUCUUUGCAUGGAGCACUUAUUCUUACGUUUAUAUUAUUGUUAUCAUUAUUUCCUUGUCUGUUUAUAUAUAAAAAAAAGUGUUGUUUCUGUCACCGCUCAUACUGUCUGCUAACCUGCUAGAAAUAAAAAAAUUUAAGAAAACAUUUGGUCAAACAGUAAAAACAAAGAAUAACUCAGGUAACUCCAGAAUAUAUCAUGACUGGACAUGAUUUGCUGUUUGGAUCUGGUUGCAUCUCCACCAAUUACCUUUGUUCCUUAGAAAAACUGUAUUAUUUUAAAAGGCUGUACUUGGAGAAAAUGAAAAAACAACGGAUUAUUCUUUUAGAUCUAUUUAUUGUUUCUCCUCCGACUAGUAAGGACAUCUGAGAAUCUCUUGCGUUGUGUCAUUUCUCAAUGUUGGAUCAGUAAAAAAAAAAAUCUAAAAACAAUAAAUGAAAAUAAAAAUUACAGCAAUGCUUUUCAACACAAAUGAGGGAUAUGUUCUUUUUCAAGAAAAAAUAAUGAUAAUAAUAAUUAAAAAGAAACAUUUUAGAGAAAAUGUUGCCAGGAUUAUUUCCGAUCUGUAAAUAUGUCCAAUAUGUAAACUUGUAUUUGUUCUGAGAUAUUGUUUUGUUCUUUUCUUUUGUUUGUUUCUUUCCGGGCAGUUUUGUACACUUACUAAUUCCAAGAAGAUAUUUUAAUAUGAUUUCCUUUAUGAAUCUGACCAUUUAUAUAUAUAAAUAUUUAUUUCUUAAAAGUGUUUGGAGCUCUUUUUGUUUGUUUAGCUCUGUCGAUGGUUAUGUUGCAGUGGACUUCAUUUUUAUUUUCUUUAUGACAUUGGUUGUUUGUUGAUUGCUAAAUGUAGACUGCAAAGUCACAUUUAUAUUUAUGUUAUAGUAAUAUUUUAUUACUUACAUAAAACAUAUAUACAAGAAA